AUGACGCCACCUCUUACAGCAUACAUGUCCUCUUUGAUGAAGCUGCAGGAUGUGUGCCUCGUUAUUGAUGUAGCCCAAGACCCACUGGCGUCAGUCCAGGUACUCGUCAAUGUCUGUCAGACAGCUCCUCCUUCCGAGUUUUGCUCACUACAACUGAAACAACAGCAGCUGUCCAACUCUCAUCUGAACAUGGGCCAGAUCCGUGUGUGCUUGCAUCAGGAAGUGGUGAAGCUCUCUUCUCAAGACGAGUCCAUCAUGUUGGCACAUAGCAACGAGGGAUAUACAAAGCUAAAGGUGUCAGAUUUCAAUGUGCCAUGGGAUUCUAAGAAGGCUCUUUCCAGUGUGGACAUCGUUGAAAGCAGGUCGAGAGCCUUUACCCUCGAUUGCACUCCUCAGAUGGAGUGCCUCGUUAUUGAUGUAGCCCAAGACCCACUGGCGUCAGUCCAGGUACUCGUCAAUGUCUGUCAGACAGCUCCUCCUUCCGAGUUUUGCUCACUACAACUGAAACAACAGCAGCUGUCCAACUCUCAUCUGAACAUGGGCCAGAUCCGUGUGUGCUUGCAUCAGGAAGUGGUGAAGCUCUCUUCUCAAGACGAGUCCAUCAUGUUGGCACAUAGCAACGAGGGAUAUACAAAGCUAAAGGUGUCAGAUUUCAAUGUGCCAUGGGAUUCUAAGAAGGCUCUUUCCAGUGUGGACAUCGUUGAAAGCAGGUCGAGAGCCUUUACCCUCGAUUGCACUCCUCAGAUGGAGAGAAUUGUAUUUUUCCUCCCACAGCAUUUCCCUCCUCUUUUCCCUCCAGUACAUCAGCUCCUAACAGGCGGCCAGGUGAAGUGCACGAGCUCAGGUGUAGCCCUGGCCCCGCCCACAAGGCAAAGCUCUGUCAGGCUCUGUAAGUGCAGCCUGUCAAUCGGCAGCCGAGCACCGCGGAGGGAGCAUUGCCAGUGUCCAAAGUUCCAGAGAAACAGAGAGGACUUCCCUGCUUCGCUAGACAAACUACGGCAGCUGAUAAAAGACAAAGUUCACGUCCUACAGUCCCCAUUCACUGAGGAGCAACAGGGUUUGGUGUGUGAGGAGAACCCAGGGAGACGAGGACUGAGGAGGUUUACCGUUUUGAGUAAGAAGCUGACCUUUCACCUCCAGCAGCUGCAGAGAAAGACAGAGCAGGAGCUCAGCAACAUACACACACAACUCUUGCAGAUUGAAGGCCGCCGGCAGCUGUUAACCGCCGAGCUUUUUCAUCUUCAGGAGAAGAAGAAACAGACGGAGCGAGAGUUGCAGAGAAACUCCAGCCUUCAGACGUCCGCUUUUCAGCUGUGUGUUUGUCGGGAGCUUCAAACCUCCAUCUCCGAGCGUUUGCUCCAAUCAGAGAGGUUGGUGUUCCAAGAGGAGGCACUGAGCGCGCUCCGUAACCUGCUGAGCCAAGACCUGCAGAGGUACCAGGAAGAGACGCAGAGACUGACCUCUUUCACGCAAAAAAUACUCCAACAAUCCCACAGGUCGGACCCAGAGGAAACGCUGAGCAGCAGACAGAGUGACGGCAGCAUGCAGGGAAAGAACGAGCCAGAGCAAGAAAACAACAUGCGUGCAUCCAAGUACCCUUCCUACAAAUCACCACUUAGUCCUCACCAGACCACCAAUGAAGAAGAGGCAGAGCAGGCCCGGAGAGCCAGUUAUAGGGAAGCAGCUGCAGUGCCCCGCAGUUCAAACCUGCACCGAGCCGGCAGCGUCAAAAACCUGAUCAGUAAAUUCUCUGGUCAGGAUCCCGUCUCUUCUUCUGGUUCCCAACAGAGCCUCUUUUCUGGAACAGGACAAGUUCCAAAGGCUGCUUCUGCAGAGGCUCUUGAGUCUUCAGAGUCUAAGUCGAGUCCGUCCAUACCAAGCAGCGUUGAACAAGACCAGAGUCCAGUUCCUAGCAUCACUGUGACUCCUCCGUUGGGAACCAGUCAGAACGUGGCUCAAUCGGCUCAGAGAAGCAUCAGUACUAGUCAGAUCUCUGCCAGGAUCGAUUGUCCCGUAGGAGGCAGUUUUGAGAAGAACAAUUCAAAACCAAGUGCAAAAACAAAAACAAUAGACUCUGGUAGAGACUCAGUGGCUGACUCCGGCAUGGGAUCGGAGUCUGAAUUUGACUCGAACAAGCAGUCCGACAGCCCGUCAGAGGAGGAGCCCAGCACACCCCGAGCUGUGCCGACCAGCCAGAACCCCAAAUAUCAGCUGUACCUCAGCAACGAGCAGAGGAUCAACGGGUUGAGUGGCAGGGACGCAGAUGGUCCAGGAGGCGGCGGGACGGUGGGGGAGAACGGCCCCCGGCUGGCCCCAUGGGAGACCAACCGGCUGGGGAUGAACUACAAUAAAGGGUCCCUAGAGUCCCUGACCUCGCGGGAGUGGGACACUACGCCUGACAGGUGGGGUGUGGUUGACAGCCCUCCCAGGGUGUUCAACAGUCCAUACGCCACGGCCACCUCCAUGGAUUACAACCCCUUGCUCCGGAUGUCCGAGUUCAAGGGUCAGGGUGGACUGUCUCCUGCCACCUCGGAGAUGAACCUGUACAGCUACAAUAGCCGCAGCACCAGUCCAGUGGGCAUGGCCACAUCCACCCUCAUCAACCCCCGCUCCCGAUUCUCCGCCUACGACACGCUGGUGAAGAGGAGGGCCGAGGUUAACAACACCGUGGCACCAAUCCACUACAGCAUGCGCUCUGCCACUCUGGGGGCGCCCAAUAAAAAAGACUACAUAGAGGAGUUGACCAAACAGCUGGACGCCUGCCAAAAGCGUAACCAGUUCCUGGAGGCAGAGAGUGUGGAGAUGGAGAAGGAGAGGAACCAGAUAAGGUUUGAGAUGCGCGGCCUGCUGGUGAACAACGAGGACCUGCUAAGGACCAACACUCAGCUGACCAACGAGAUGAAAAGGAUGAGAGAGCAGAUGAUAGAGAUGGAGAGAGAGAGCCAAUCCAUGGGCGAGCGAUACCGAGAGAUGGAGAUUGAGGUGAAGCAGGCCCGGGACAUGAUGGUGGAGGCCAACACUCAGGAGUACGCCUUUAAUUAUCUUCAGCAGUCCCUCAAAAACAAGAUCCAGGACACUGAGGAGAACCUAGAGAAGCAGACGCAGCAUGCCAAGACGCUGUCUGAGAAGCUGUGGCUGGCAGAGAGACAGCUGGAAGAGAUGGAGAUGGACCGAGAGACCAGAGACAAGAGGUCGUCUGAUCUCAACAGCUCCAUCCUCAGACUGGAGACAGAGCUGGCGGAGGCCCUGCAGACGUCCACGCAGGCUACAGCCGAGCUGGGCCUGCAGCUGAAGCUGCGGGACGAAGGGCAGCGGCGAGUGGAGGAGCUGGAGGAGUCUCUGCUGGAGAAGGAGCAGGAGCUGCAGAGACUGCAGCUGCUCGUCAGCAGACUGCAGGGAGAGGUCUCUGGAAAGCUGAUUGAUAAGGAGCAGACGCUGGAGGAGGAGAUCCAGCUGAGAGAGAGGAUCCAGCUGCAGUGUAAGCAGGCGGAGAGGAUGGUGGAAGACCUCCGCAUGGAGCUGCACAGCACCAACCAGGCCAAAGAUGACCUGGCCAAACAAGUCAAACAGGCUCAGGAGAAGAUGAUCGACCUGGAGAGCGAUCUGGAGGAGCUGCAUGAGAGCGAGCAGAGAUGGGCCGCGAAACACAAGAGAAGUAUCGAACAGACCGAGCAGCUGCAGCUGAAGCUGAUUCAGGAGAAAGAUCUCAACGACCAGCUGGAAACGGAUAAGGCCACCAUGGAGAGACAGCUGCGUGAUCUGCGUCUGGAGGUGGAGGAGCUCCACAGCUCCAUGGUGCAGGAGGACGUCAUCUCCCGGGCGGAGAGCAGGGUCAAGGAGCUGGAGAACACUCUGAGGACAGAGGAGAGGAACAAGUCUGUUCUGACAAACACCAUCAGUAAACUGGAGAGGAGGAUCAACGAGCUGAGCGAUCAGAUGGAAGAGGAACACCGGAUAGCUACAGAGCAGAAAGACCUGAUGACCCAGAGGAUGCGCUCUUUGAAGCGCCAGCUGAACGAGGCGGAGGAGGAGACGAGCAGGAGGGAGGCGCAGUACCGCCACACCCAGAGAGAGCUGGCCGAGGAGAGGGAGACCAACAGCCGGCUGCAGAAGCAGCUGCUCGACCAGCACCUGCAGACAAAGCGGAAGGAGACGCUGACGAUCCGUCAGACUCUGGACAACCUGAAAUUGGACCUGAGCGUCGACGACGAAGACGGCGACCAUCCGCUGCCGCAGCAACAAACAAACAACGUCACCAAAGUGUGAACCCUCCCGCUCCACCCAUUCUUCACACCGACGGGGCAGAUAGGGCGUGGUGACAUGUGCAGGUUGCACAAUACUAAAUUCCAGAAAAGAAGCAUAAAUGAACGAAUGGGACUUCUGAAAUGUAACAUCUUCGAGAUUACUAAUUAACCUGAAUUUUUGGACCCCAGAAUUCCACCGAAUUCCACAUUUUUCAAGAUUUUACAAAAUCACCUCAGCAGUCGUGAAUGAUAAAUUAUUUCCAAAUAGAACUCUUGAAGUCAUCUUGUAAAAAUGACAGUCUUUUUUCAUAUCGCAAUAUAUAUAUCGCAGGAAAAAAGAAUUCUUUUUUUGCAAUAUUGUUUAUGCCUAACGUGAGGUAUAACGAUCCACAGAAUAUUCUCUAUAGUUAGGAAGUAUGACACAUCGUUGCCCCUUCCACUGAAGUCAAAUGCCUCUUUUGACAUGUCGAACAUCACCUCUCUUCUUUUCUAUUACAUAGAAUAUUACAUGCAAUCAUAUUCAGAUGCUGACAGACACAAAAUAAAAAACUUACUGGUGACUUAAACUUAUAGUUAUGAUUCGGAUUUGAAUAACGGUGCAUGGUAGUUGUUGAAUGUGUUUUUGUAGUAUGUCAAUGUUGGAGUGUGAAUUUCCAAUUCCCCCCAAAAAAAGUCACGCGCUCAAAGAAUCGCCGGUUAUUCGUAGAUUUGACAAACUUCUCUGAUUUUGCAGCGUUAUUUGCUGAAGCUUUUGUUUUCAGUUCUUUUUAUUAUAAGGAGGGUUUUUCCAUCGUUUGGUUUAGCGUGUGGAACGCAUCUGCAGUAUUUGAACAUAUUUUUGAACAUAUUUCACACGCGUUGUUGACAUAUUACACGGUAAACUUAAGAGGAGGGAUCCUUGGAUAUGAUUGUUGCUGCUUUUGAUUCAUAUACAAAACAAAAAAAAAGAGUUAAGAAAAGUAAGAUUAUUUAUAUUUUUUGUAGAAUGAAAUGUAUGAUUUAAUGAUUGAAUUUUCUGUAUUUUUCAAUUACGUGCGGGGCAAAAAAAAAACAUUUUAGAGAAUGAAAUGGAUGAUUUUUGAGUUUAGUUUCAGGUAUUUAGGGGUCUUGCUGCUGUAUUGGUAGUACUUCCUGUUCCUCUCACAUACAGUAUCUGUUCAUGAGAUAUGAUUUAAGGAAUAAGAUUUUAGGUGUCCGUAAAGAAGACCAAAAAAAAAAUCUCACUUCACACUUGGCGUUAAUGUGCAUCUUUGUUAAUUGUAUUUUUUUUUUUUUGUAUAAUUUAUUGUAUCAAAUCUAACAAAAUUAAUAAAGAAUGUUUACUAGAAUAAGACGUUUUAGCUCUCAGAAGUAAAAUGAAUAGAAAUACAUUUGGGAACAAUGAUGUGUGUUAAUGCAAAGUGAGAAAGGGGCAAACAAUGUAGAUAAGCGAUUGCAGGGCUGUACUCAAGACCACCUUUUUUGAGUCCAAGACAAGUCCAAGACCAGGACUAGUCGAGUCCGAGUCAAGACCGAGUCCAAAACGGUUUGAGUCCGAAUCAAGACCGAGUCCAGGACAGGAAAAAAAGGUCUUAUGCAUAAUAGUAAUCAUCAAUCAAAGAUAAUCAUUUUGGUUUUCACUUUCUCCAAUAUUAUUAUCAACAUUAUAAAGACACCUGGACAAAAGCCAUGUCUGGCAAGACCAGUGGCCGAGACCGAGACAAGUCAGAGUCCAUAGAAAAACAGUCUUGAGUCCAGACUCGAGUCCAAGACCAGACUCGAGUACUACAGCCCUGAUAGAUUGUGUUAGAAACGCAAUUUAUGUGCUAUGAUGGAAAUGAACAUGGCUGGGUUGUUAAAUUUUAACCAUCGGUAAAAAUGAAUUAGUAAUGAUUCUCAAAUAUUGACCGUGGCCAAAAUGUUCAAUACUUUCACCCUUGUGUUGUCUUCCCGUGAAAAAAAAAAAACCUUUUGGUUAUCUUUUUUAAGCAUUAUUUUGACAUUUUUUGUCACUUUUUCAAUGUUGUGGGUGCUUUUUUGCCAAAGCUUUUUGAUAUUUUUAAUGUUGACAUUUUCAGCGCAUAUUUCGACGGCCCAUUUUUUUCUGCAAAAAAAAAAACGGGUCAAAUUUGACCCAAGGACAACAUUAACAUUAACGUUAAUGUGAAGGAAAACUCCCUUCUGAUUAAGUCAUGAGAAUAUUAAACCCAGCCCUGUUCUGCAUAUUCCCUGCUUGAAGGUCUGUCAAAUCCAUAAAGCUAAUAUUCAGAUAUAGUUCUCUGUAAUGUUUACAUUUGUUGGUGUAUUUUGAUUUUUUUUGGAAACAGGAACUUAAAUCACAUGACAUUUUUGUAUUUUAGCUGUUGGGAAUGUGUACUACAAUGUCACUUGUGUUUUUUUUUGGAGUUUAUCAUUCUCAUAACAGCAAGUGGCAGUGUCUACAGAUAUGUAAAAAGAAAUAUGUUUCACUGACUUAUUUUUAUAACUUCAAAUUCUACUGGUUCUGCUCUUCUCUCUGUAUUUAUUUUUCCCAUUCUCUCUUUUGGUGAGAAGUUUCUUAGUACAAAAUGCAAAUAAAGUCUUCUCCACUGUGAA